AUGAAUUACCCCAUGGAUCCUCCAAUUCAGAACAAGCGCAAACGCGACGACUCCUCCGACUCCCCACCGCAGGCCUCCGUCGCGAACGGUGGCGUCGACCUCUCCCUUCUCGAAGCCCUUGAGAAAGCUCAACACAACCCCGUCGAAACCCUCGAUCUUAAAACCGUAAAAAAGCUAGCCCUCUCCUUCGAGCGCCGCCUGAACGCCAACACCGCCGCCCGCCUCAAGUACCCUGACCAGCCCGACAAAUUCGCCGACUCGGAGGUGGAGCUCCACGACGAGCUCGAGAAGCUCAAGAUCCUUGCUGGCGCCCCCGAGCUCUAUCCGGACCUUGUCAGCCUAGGCACUGUCAAUUCAAUCACCGGUCUACUCAACCACGACAAUAGUGAUAUUGCUAUUGACGCGGUCACUCUUUUACAGGACCUUACCGAUGCUGACGUCAUUGAGGAUAACGAUGAGCCCGCGCAGGUCCUUGUUGAUGCGCUCAUUGAGAACAAUGCGGUUGAAUUGCUGGUUCAGAACCUUGCGCGGUUAAAUGAUUCCGACCCGGAAGAAUCCGCUGCCAUUUAUAAUACCUUGUCUACAAUUGAGAACCUCAUUGAGGUCAAGCCAUCGGUGUCCGAGCUUGUCUGCGAGAAGACCAAAUUGUUGAAAUGGCUCCAGGCUCGUAUUAAAGUACGUGAAUUUGAUAGUAACAAACAGUACGCAUCGGAGAUUCUAGCUAUUCUGUUACAGAACAGCACUGCGAAUCAAAAGAGAUUUGGACAGAUGAAUGGGGUGGACACGUUGUUGCAGGCUGUAGCGAUGUACAAGUCCAGGGACCCCAAGACAGGCGACGAGGAGGAGAUGGUUGAGAAUUUUUUUGAUUGUUUGUGUUGUUUGCUAAUGCCUUUGGAGAAUAAGGAGAAGUUUGUGAAGGCAGAAGGAGUGGAGUUGAUGAUCAUUAUUAUGAAUCAAAAGAAAUCGUGUUACGGGUCGGCCAUCAGGGCAUUAGAUUUUGCCAUGACGAAUUAUCCACCUGCAUGCGAGCGGUUUGUUGAUGUCAUGGGGUUGAAGACUGCAUUUCCUGCUUUUAUGGGUAAGAUACCUUUGAACAAGAAAAACAAGAAGAAGCGCUACAAGGAAGAAUUGGAAGAGCGCCUUAUAUCAUUAAUUGCAUCGUUACUUGGUGGAAUUUUGAGGGGUUCUAGAAGGGAAAGACUGUUAAGUAAAUUUGUGGAGAAUGAGUGUGAAAAGAUAGACAGACUUAUGGAGCUCUACAUGAGAUAUUCCAAUAGAGUGAAAGCGGAGACUGAACGACUGAAUCAGCUCGAUCUUGAUGAUUUAGAGAUGGACGAGGAGGAAAAAUAUAAUCAUAAGCUAGACUCUGGACUCUAUACUCUCCAGUUGAUAGCUGUUAUUCUGGGUCAUCUUUGGACCUCUGAGCACCCUCGAAUGAGAUCAAGAAUUGAACUGUUAUUAAAGCAGCAAAAGUUAACCAAGAAGGAUGUAAAGGAUAUACUUCAGGAAUAUCAAGACAAUAUUGGUGAUCUUGAGGGGCCAGACGAGAAGGAGAGGGCACAAGCAAAGAUCCAAAAAUUCAUCUCAGCGUUCUGA